AUGCCUCUGAGUGCCAUGCCCAAAUCGUUCGGCCUCAACGAACUCAAAAAAGGCUACUGGCCAUUUUUGGCCAAUAAGCCUGAGUACUACAAGUAUGAAGGCCCACUGCUAGACAGGGACUUGUACUGCGUGUCUGGCAUGAAGUCCAAGGCAGCUGCAGACUUUAAUGCUUGGUAUGACGAACAAGUGGCGAACGAGUAUGUUUUCAACUUCCGGCGGGAGUUGAUCGACUACUGCAUCUCAGAUGUAACCAUCUUGCGCCAAGCAUGCCAGGCAUUUAGGAAGUUGUUCGAGGAUGUGGCCGGGUUUGACCCCAUGUUUAACUGCAUCACUCUAAGCAGUGCAUGCAUGGCGGCCUUUCGCCGAAAUUUCCUUAAGCCAAAUACGAUCGGUGUUGUCCCGGCGGGGGGAUACCACGGCAGAGGGAAACAAAGCCACAUCGCUCUCCAGUGGCUUGACUUUGAAGCACAUAAAUUGGGCAAGAAAAUCAGCACAAUUUACACAGACAGGGAAAUCUUAGUUCUGGGGCGCCGCGUCGAUGGCUACGUCGAGCUCCCCCGAGAGGACGGCACAGUAGAAAAGAGAAUCUACCAAUUCCAUGGGUGCUACUGGCACCAAUGCCCCACACACUUUCCUGCCACAGAGGAGUCUACAGAGAACAGGUUCGAACAGACCAUGAACCUAACCUCACUUUUCCGCCGAAGCGGAUACACAGUUGUGGAGAAAUGGGAGUGCGCCUUCAAGCAGGACCUUGCGUCAGACCCUGACACCAAGGCGUACUUUGAAACACACCCCACCACUCGUGCUCCGCCUCUUAAUCUCAGGGACGCCCUGUCAGGCGGGCGGACGUCAGCUUUCAAGUGGUACUACAAAGCUGAUCUCUCCAAAGGCGAGAAAAUAAAACUAGUGGACGUUGUGUCAGAGUACCCGAAUGCCAACCUCCGGGCGGAGUACCCUAUCGGGCACCCUGAAAUCUACCUCGAGGGUGAUCCGGAAAUGGCUCCUCCUGACUAUUGGAACGGUGCCAUUAAGUGUACUGUCCUUCCUCCCCGGGACUUGUACAUACCUGUUCUCCCCUACAAGUGUGGCGGGAAAUUACAGUUCCCCCUUUGCCGCACCUGUGCGGAGACAGGAAGCAAGGAAAUCUGUCAUCAUGAGAAUCCCGAUGACAGAAAACUCACAAGCACGUGGUGUGCUCCUGAGCUUCUCCUGGCCCUGAGGGAAAAGGAGUACAGACUCCUAGCCACUCACGAGGUGUACCAGUACCCUGAGACAUCCAAGUACAACCCUAAGACAGGGGAAGACGGUCUACUGUCCGCCUAUGUUCAGUGCUUUAUGGCCCUCAAAAUACAGGCCAGUGGCUGGCCUGCCGACUGCACCAGCGAGGAGCAGAAAGCCAAGUUCGUGGAGGACACCCUCAAACAUGACGGAGUAGAGUUGGAUCCGACCAAGAUGGAAAAAAAUCCUGCGCUGCGCACUCUCGCGAAACUGAUGUGCAACAGCUUCUGGGGGAAAUUCGGGGAGAAAACUCUCAGGUCAAAGACAGAGUUUAUUUAUGACUAUAGUAAACUCAUCACUAUUGUCACAGACCCCAGCAAAGAGGUAACAGGCCUUCUCCCUCUCAGUGACGAGUGCCUUCAGGUUUCUUGGAAACCAGUCGAGGACUCCGAGGAAUCUCUCCCCUCCUCCUCCCUGAUCCACGCCGCCUUCACCACUUGCCAUGGGCGGCUCCAACUGUACCAAUACUUGGACGUGGUCAGAGAGCGCGCCCUGUACACCGAUACUGACAGCAAAUAG